UCCUGCCUCUCUGACCAAUCGGUUCAAAGAAAAACACGCGGAUGGACGGGGCGGUGCUGUUUCUGCAGACACACACACACACACACCCGCUCUAUCGCUCUCUCUCUCUCACACACACACCCUCUCUAUCUCCCUCUCUCUCUCACACACACACAAACGGACAGAAAAAGAGAAAACACGCCGCAUCGCUGAGCUGAACCAACGGUGAUCCUGGUUCCCGGGUCUAGACGCUGUGAUUGACAGCCGCGUUAGCCAAUCAGAAGGCAGAGAAUUGAGUGAACAAGCCAAUCAGAUUGCAGCCCGCAGUGUUCGUGUGGGCGUAGACCCAGACUGACAGCAGUGUCAUCACAGCAGUGUGGUAGAUCCACACUGGGACACUGAGGACACAGACAGGGAGGGUGUCUCUGCAUGCUCAGGAAGGAUUUUCUGUCUACCGACAUAUCCGAGGUGGAAAUAACACAGUGAGUUGAAAUUCUAGGCUUUUUUAGACGCUGGAGAGGAUUUCUGUGCAAUGUUUUUCUCUGCAGAUGGCUCAGACUGGUAAUUUCUGCAGUCAUUUUGGAAUAUCAGCAGCUCUGGGGAUUAUCGCUGGACUGGAAGUGGAUCUCAAAUCUCCCAAACCUUUCCCAUGAGGAAAGAUGGGGAAUGGCUUGUCAGAACAACCCGGCUUCCUCUCAAACGUCCCGUUCUUCCAGUCGUUUCACAUCGCCAUCCUGGGCCUGGACUCCGCUGGGAAGACCACCGUUCUGUACAGACUGCAGUUCAAUGAGUUUGUGAACACGGUGCCCACCAAAGGUUUCAAUGCGGAGAAGGUGAAAGUGUCUCUGGGCGGCCACCGGACUGUGACGUUCCACUUCUGGGACGUAGGUGGCCAGGAGAAGCUACGCCCCCUGUGGAAGUCGUACACGCGAUGCACGGACGGCAUCAUAUUCGUGGUGGACUCUGUGGAUGCGGAGCGCAUGGAGGAGGCCAAGACGGAGCUCCAUAAAAUCGCCAAGACCUCUGAAAACCAGGGGGUGCCCCUGCUGGUGGUAGCCAACAAACAGGACUUGAGGCACUCGUUGGGACUCGACGAAAUUGAGAAGUUGCUGGCGCUGAAAGAACUGGGCCCUGCGACUCCCUGGCACCUGCAGCCAACCUGCGCCAUCAUAGGCGAUGGACUCAGGGAGGGCCUGGAUAGACUCCAUGACAUGAUCCUGAAAAGGAGAAAGGCGCUGCGGCAGCAGAAAAAAAAGAGAUAAACAUGUAAUGAGAAAGUCUGCUGUUAUAUGUGAAGGAAACAAAGGAUAUUCUCCUGGGUGGAUACAGGCAUCCACUGCAGGUCCACAUUCAAAAUGCUGAGUUUUAUCAGUCCAAAAUUGAGAUUUUAGGAUUCCUUGUCUUGGUCUUGUGCUGAUGCUGUUGAUCAGGAAGUGACACUUUAAAGGAAUACAGUAUGAAGAUGAGAAAGUUUCAGACAUGUGUGGAUAUGAUACAAAGAGUUUAUAUGGAUUAUAAAGCACUGAGGGUUUGGGGUCUGGUAGGGUGAAAGAAGGAAAGGAUGCUGUAUGUUUCACGAAUGGAUGUUCCAAACAAUGUUACCAAAAAUAAUUUAAGAGAAGGCUUUGACUAGUUGAAGGAUUAUUUGGUAAAUGAUUGAACAUUGUUACACCAGAGGAGCAAUGAACUAUACACCAGUUGUAUUUUACUGUUUUAUAUGUUAUAUAUAACUCCUUAAUUUUUUACACUGGACUUUCUUUGCGAAAGAAAAGUAUUAUCGCAUUAUUAUCCAUUUGCUUGCUGUCUUAUAUAUCUCAUUUUUUUAAAAGCACUUUAGAGUUUUGCUUCGUAUGAAGUUUACAGUUUUUAAAUAAAGCAUAUUGUGUUGGAUUUUACAGAAAUGUUUGGGUAAAAUACAACGGAUGCUACUGUAGUUGGUCCACUUCGGCCACAUUGUCAUUAGACAGGUUAUGCAUUAUGUUUUGCUUAAUAAAACAUAUUUAGAAGCAAUGUU